UUUUGCAAACAUUGAAAGCGAGCUUUUUUUUUUUUGGCCACCGAACAAUUGGCUAACGCAGCCACUGAAAAUACAACUUAUUAUCCGGAUAAGUUAUCUGACAUGAUUGUCGUUAUGUAUAUAUUCAAAUAACUCGAUUUAAUAGAUUGAGAAUACCUGAAGAGUCGGGCAUAUUGAUAGGUAUUUGGUUUUGCCUGCCAGGACAUAAUUCCUUUGUGUGAAUCACAAGAUAUCUGAAGAGAUUUUACGUGUAAAUACCUCUGGUGACAAGCCCUAACUCUUUUGUGUGGUACAAUCAUGAAACUAGCUGAGGAUCCCCUUUUUUGGAAGUUCGCCUGAAAUCAGGAUUUGCACAUCUGGGUCUUCCAAGAAUUGCAUUACAUGAGAGCGCUUUGCAGAGCCUCUGGCCUCAGUACAUAUUUUGUGAAGGUGUUGAGUAAGGAUUGUCAUUGCCAUGCCGACACACCCAUUGAUUCCACAUGUGGAGAGUCCUGACGGGCUGGGCCAUGACAUCCUCAACCACAGCAGUGCCACUAUGCCCAGCUCUGGCUCCAGCUCCAGUAUAACAGCCCACAUGAGCCUGGCUGAGAAGGUUGAAAUGCAGCUGGCGGUGCCGGUGCCAGGCAGCUCACCUCUGGCCUGCAUGUUCUGUGAGGAGACGUUCGAGCACGAGGAUGAGCUCGGGCCACACCUUCACUCCCAGCACCCCACCACAUUUCACGCUCCUGCCGUGCUUCGCGUGGAGGCAGAGUUCUUAACACCCAGCGAAAGGAUUUGCUCCAAAGCAUGCCAGAAUGAGCCGAACGAGGAGCUAAGCUGUGAUGUGUGUGGCCAAGCCACCGAAAAUAUCACUGCACUCGAGGCUCACAUGCGGAAACACAAGGACUCCUUCAUUUACUCCUGUGGCCUGUGUGGUAGGCGCUUCAAGGAACCCUGGUUCCUCAAGAAUCACAUGAGGACCCAUGGCAAAUCCAAAUCCACCAAGGGCCAGGACGCAGAGGUGCCAGUCACCAUCAACGGCGUCGUCCAAGAUCGACCAGCAUCGCCUGUGAUAACAACUUACAAAAUGUGCAUGGUCUGCGGAUUUUUCUUCCUCAACAAGGAUGUGCUUGCAGAGCACAGCAAAGUGCACAACCGAGAGCCAGAAGCAGAGGAAAAAGUGUGCGAUAAAAGCCAGCUGAAUCCCGAGGUGCCGGUCUCUCAGGAAUGCUUUCUUCAGUGCUUCAAUUUGCAGAGAAAAUCUGAGAACUCUGAGCAAAAAUGCCAACCUGGCCGUUGGAUCUCACAGCUGGACCCGUUCAAUACUUACCAGGCCUGGCAGUUGGCGACCAAAGGCAAGAUUGCCGCAGGUCCGAACCUGAGCAAAGAGCUCAAUCCUGACUCCAAUUCUGACAACGAGGAGUCAGGUUCAGAUAAAGAGGAGCUAGGUUCUAUUUGGGACUCUAGUGGUGGAGAUAAACUGGUAAGGCGAGGCCUGAGGAAUGAGCUGAAGGCCAAACUCGGAGGUGGCGAUCUGGCAGAGCAGAAGAGUCUGAGUCUGCGCAAAGAUAAGCCCACAGACUGCGAGGAGUGCGGCAAAACAUUCAGAACCUACCAUCAGCUGGUUCUGCACUCUAGAGUUCACAAGAGAGACAGAGGAGGAGCCGAGAGCCCCACCACACCAGUAGAAGGGAGGACACCGAGCGUCAGCUCUGCCGGGAGUCCGUCACUGGAUCGAGCGGAAGAUGGCUCUGAGGACGGCUAUGAAGAAGGGGUGCAUGUUGAACCUUUUCAGUCAGACAAAAUUGAAGAAGGCUCACACAAAAUGAAACUAAAAAUCCUUGCGCCAAGGAAGUGUUGUUACUGUGGCAAGACCUUCCGCUCCAACUAUUACCUCAAUAUUCAUCUCAGGACACACACAGGUGAAAAACCUUACAAGUGUGAAUACUGUGACUAUGCUGCAGCUCAGAAGACCUCUCUGAGGUAUCACCUGGACCGACGUCACAAAGACAAGCCUUUUACCGAGAUCCCCAACAUUCCAGUGACUGCACCUCCUGCUAACGGCGCCAAGGGUCACGAGUCUCCUAACAACAUGGAUGACAAGCCGGCCUCCAAGCCAGCUAAACAAUGGCCCGCCCCCAGCGUUGUGUGCGCAAGCGUCAAACAUGAAGCAGUCCCCAGGCGAGCAGCUAUUCCCAUCUCCAGCCCUGUCACGUGCAUCAAAGAGGAGUGUGGCAACAUGGCCGCCACGACUCCUUACACUCCUCCCAAUGAGCCGCACACGAUCGCCGCUUUCCCAAUCAACCUGAAGGCAGAGGGGAAAGAAGCCUCUGAGGCACCAAUAAACCUCUCCCUCAAAGCAUCUCUGUCUUUAUCUGCUACCUCUAUACCUAGAAAUAUGUUACUGACCAACACCUGCACUUCCUGUCCAUAUGAAACCCUCUAUCCUGAAGUCUUGCUCAUGCACAGGAAGCUUUUACAUAAGGAGAAGUCUGAUGCUAAAAAGAAUUCGUACCGGCCCCCGCUGAAGCUCAAGCGCUAUACCGGGUGUCCCCCAGCGCUCGAAGGAAAAGACGUGGCCCCGUUAGCCAACAUCGAUCGAAAGCAUCCUCGCCGGACCAAAUCCCCAACACCGCAACCUGGAAAAUCUUCCAGACCUACUCCGAACACGCACAGGUCUCUACCAGGGGUUGGUACAAAGAAAGCAGAGAUUUCAAAAGUGUCCCCUGCAAAAGAGACCUGGACAGAGAAGCAGAAGGCAAGCCAGAGGUUCAGGUCUGCUGAAUCUGUUAUAAGUGUCCAAACCAGGUUUCCAGAAUCAUUGGCUGAACCCAACAGGAAACAGGCGGUCUCGCAGAAGCCUGCUCCUGUUACAAAUGGCGUCCUGUGGCCCUCAGAAGCAAACCGGCUGUGCCUGUCUGAUCGAUUCAGGAACCUGGCGCAAACAGACUUUGGUGAACCCUCCAGCAAGAGACCGAGACCCCCUGAGCCUCUACAGGGUACAGGGAGGAUUGCAGAGCUGUCCUCGGACAGGAAUGUGAAAAACUACCUGCCCUUGUCUUCCACUCGCGUGGCACCCUCAGGUUCAGGGAGUAGUAUGGACGCUGACUGGAAUGUAAUCAACCUGCUGGGCACGUACACGCACAACGAACUGGCAUUGCUGUACCAACCUGCUAUCCCAGGCUCCAGCCAUGCUGUAACUGGAAAUUCACCCACUGCUGGGAGCCGGGCUCGGUCCUUCUCACCUUACCCCUCAAACAUCUUUCAGCGGAGAAGCCACCCCAACCCACCUGACACCACCUCUUAGAACAUGGUUUGAACUAUUUGGAGGAUCCAUGACUGGAAAGAAAAGUUUACUCCUGACACUACUUCUAGAGCCAGACAUGCGACCAAGAUGUGAUAUUAAUGCUGCGUGGGGGUUUCGUCUCUUUAUCUCGACCUUGGCUACGAAGCAGAAUGAACUCAGAACUGGGCCUUGAACAGUGUUACACAUCAUAACGUUCCAGUAUAUCAACAGCAUACCGAUGCGGUAUUGCACUUAACGCAAAACACAACAUAUCAUGCACUCCUAUUCACUGUAAGUUUGACAUGUUCCUAAAUCAAAUGCUCGUGGGGCAGAGCUUUGGUUUGCCCCUCAAUAUUACAUCUAAUAAGUGCCUCUUCUACUUGAUCUAAAUGCUGUUACACAAAGGUAAGAUAGACCAAAUAAACUUGACCCACGUUCACUUCAGAGAUAUAAACUAUUUUGUAAAUGUUACGACAUUUCUAUUAAGGCUGUGCUGAAAAAGGGUUGACUUUAUGCCAUGCAGCUUUUGGCGGUUUUUGAUAUUGCAAUUUAAAAACGUUUCAGUUUCCCCCAUUUGUGAAAAAUGAAAGCUGCUGUUUUUUUUUUUUUUUUGGUGUUAAUUUUCUGUCUAAAAACUGAGACACACAAAAUAACGGUGACGUACUGUGUACUUUCUUUGCUCCGAGUCUCUCACUGUGACGCACGGACACGGCAUCCUCAGGUCUGACGAACGACAGAACUGUGAUCAAACUCUCUGUGAGGGAUUCCCUUGGGUUGAAGUUAGUUUUCACACACUUUUGAUUUAUUUCCUAUCUUUUUUUUUUUUUUUGGUCAAGGAUAUAUAUUUAUUUUUCUUGCGAAUGUCCAGCUCUGUCUGGUUUGUAGUCAUUUGUGUGUGGAAAAGAUUACGGCAUUUGUUUCGCUACUUCGUUCUCAGAGCCUGCCAUUGCAGCUUAUUUACUGUGACCAACUUGUUAUGCUCUGCUUUACAAAAACUACCUUGUUCACCUACCCUACAGUUACGUUGUUUCCUAGCACAGGAAUGUUAAUUUAUUUGCUGAUAUUUAGUGACCAUCGAUGAACUUGAAAUCUUUUUUUCUCCUCUCUCUCCUCCCCCACUUGAAAGACCAUCUCUAUUUUUUCCCCCUUACCAGUCUGUUAAACUGGGAGAAAAGCCUGCUGUCGACGGUUAACACGCUGUCCGCUAACGUGUGGCUCAAAUUGAGUAAUAUAUGUCCGUGUAAAUCGAGUGUUUGUUUAACCUCUGUUGUCUUUCAGUAUUGGAUUUUCUCAGUGUUUAAUAUCGUUUUUUUGCUUAGCUAAGAUGGAUACAUCAUUGAUUAUUCGCCAUAUGUAAAUGUGUGUGUUUGUCAUUUAUCAGUUCUCCAUUGGUAUUUUUAUUCUUCUGCACUUUCACUACUAAUAUAUAUAAAUAUAUAUUGUUUUGUACGAUCAGUUGGAGCUCUCUUCCUGUUCUGGGAACACUGUGCACUGAGCAGAGCAGUGUAAAUGCAAUAAACUCCCCAGAAUCUCUACAGACUACAGUUAUACAGGAAAACAUACACAAUGCGAACAAAACAGCAAGGAUUUCAGCUCUGUCCUUCAGUAUGUACGUUCUGAUCUUUCCCGUCCUUCUAUACCUUUUGUAUCCACUCUCUCAUGAGACUUACGAGUGUAUUUCCGACUGUUCAGUCGCAGAAUAAAGCAAUGUGUGUGUGCUAA